AGAACAAGGUAUAGCUCUAUUGAAUCUUGAUGUGCAAUUCUUCAUGUGCGGUAGCAUUAUUUGUGAUUGUAUGAAUUUCAAUUAAGAGUAAAAUUAUUGUUUGUGUUUUCAUUGUAUUUAGUCAAUCUGACCUCAUUGGAUUCACUGGAAUCACAAUCACUCAAGAAUAUCUCCCAGCCCAUCAAAAUGUGGGCGGCGGGGUGCGUUAGCGCGGCCCCCCGAGCGCGGUUGUCCCGAUGAGGUCGAGCGUGAGUGUCAUCCUAUCAAGCCCUCCACCCGACACUACCAUGAGCUACCCUGACUACCAGGCACACCCCCACCACCACCGCUCCCUCCUGGUGCUAGUCGCACCUCUAGGCACGCGCGUCAAGAGCAAGACGUUCCAGCAGCUGUACGAGCGCAUCAGCCGCGUCAACCAGCUCAAAGUCAGCGACUCAGGGGGCACGCAGCGCCCUGUAUGGGUGUCUUACCGCCGCGACUAUCCCGUCGAGAACAACGACUGGGGAGACUUCCAGACACAUCGACGACUGCUUGCCAUCAUCACCAUCGGCCACGUGGCAAGUCAGAACGACUUGAACGAAGUAUGUAAGCAACACGAGAGCUUGAAGGUGAAGUACGCGAGCACCAUCUAUGACUCGCGCUGCAUUAUCCUCGGUUUGAACUCGGACGGCAGCGUCCAUAACGAGAAUGCAAAUGAAGUCACCGAUGCCCAAUCGUCCAAAAUUCCUGACCAAGUCGACGGUGGAGAUGCCGUUGCGUUCCUGCAUGGCGACCGAGACAGCGGGGUUUAUGAUAACCUUCUCACCGAAGACAGGGUAUCUGCUGACGGUGAUCUGAAUCACCACACCUCUAAUGGCCAUGUUUUGGGUAGUGCUCUUAAGAAACGAUGUGACUCUUCAUCUCAGUCCGACAGCGGCCAAAGUUCAGGCGUGAAACAAAACGGUGGCUUAAGCUCCUCCAGCAGCGACUCUGGCAGUGAGAGUGCCGUGGACGGUUGUUGUGUCACGGACACCGAGACUUCUAAUGUCUCGGUUACAACCUUAACCGGCAGUCCUAACGCUAUCAACGCUUCAUCAGACUCGCUACAAGAACACAGUAGCAGCGAUUCAUCCAUGACUAGCACAAACACCACCGACAACAACCUCAUCAACGGCAACACCGAGCAGCACAUUAAAGGCUUCAACAACAACAACAGCGUCGUUAACGGACCAACUCAAACUCGUGCCAUCUUACAGCCUCCUUCGUACUUCAAGACGCGGGCUAUGUUCUACCCCACAGCCGAACACGCGCUCAAUAUAGAAGCCACGCUUCACGAGUUUAUCGUAACUCGUGCCAUCUUACAGCCUCCUUCAUACUUCAAGACGCGGGCCAUGUUCUACCCCACAGCCGAACACGCGCUCAAUAUAGAAGCCACGCUUCACGAGUUUAUCAGUUCACUCUUCUGGGUGCUCGAGUCUAAGCGACUGGAUAAGAGCCAAGAGAAACUUGAUCGGCCGCCUCUACUCUGCGCGCCUUUUGAGAGAAAGGACAUGGUUGGCUUGGACAUGAACUCUGGGUCUAGUCGCAAGCGCUGCGUGGGACGCCUGAAGAAGCAGCUGGGCGACCUGUGCCUGCAAGUCGGACUCGUGGGAGAGGCGGCGCAGCACUACAGCCAGGCCGCUGAUAUCCUGCGUGCAUCCAAUGACUGGCUAUGGCUUGCAGGUUGCCUGGAAGGUUCGUGUGCGGCGUCCGCAGUUCAGUUGUACCCUGAGCUCGGCCGUGGAGCGUCAGGUCUGCAGCGCAACAGCAGCCUGGGUGUUGGGCCUACAGCGCUCAAACACCGCCAGACUAACUCCCUGCCCUCCAACUCCCUGCCUGCUGGCCUAACGCCUACCGCUGCUAGACACCUGAGCAAACACUGCCUCUCUCCUGAUAAUGAUCAAUUCAUCAAUCAAUACAGAGAAGCCAUUAUGGACUAUGACAAGAUGAGUUACCGCAACGCCGGCGUGGUCGAGACCGAGGCGAGCAUCAAGGCUGUGUACGUCCUCAUCGAACAGCGACGCUACCUCCUGGCUGCUGAGUUCCUCUCUAACGUCGUCUUCAUCAACCUACAGCUCUCUGACGAAGAAAAGAUAAGUCGGUUCCGUGCGCUGGCUGAGCUGUACCAGGAGCUCGGCAUGAUGCGCAAGGCAGGCUUCUUCCGACGCGUCGCGGCGAUGCGGUGCGCCGUAGCGCAGUCGCAGCGCUCGCACGACUGGCCGCAGUGCUACAAACUCCUGCUCAACACCUUGCCUGGCUACAGGCUCUCCCUCGACCCUCUGCACUGCCUACAAAUGGGCGGGUGGGGUGCGCUGCAAGUACAGCUGAUCCAGGAGGUGGUUGGGACGAGUCGCCGGAUGGGGGCGGUGGAGGCCUGCUGUCGUCACCAGGCCUUCCUUCUUGCUGCUCUCUUGCACCACCUCACUCCAGCCCAGCGGCAGGAGGCUGCACUCAUGCUGCACACGCUCACUCAGCAGUCUGCUGCCCAGACCACCAACGCCCCGAACAGCUCCAGCAGCAGUUCAGGCAGCUCUGCAGUCUCUGGGUCUGUCGCUACGCUCACUCAGCAGUCUGCUGCCCAGACCACCAACGCCCCGAACAGCUCCAGCAGCAGUUCAGGCAGCUCUGCAGUCUCUGGGUCCGUCAAAGUACAACCCCCCAAAAGCGGCCAUCAGUUGCGGAAGUUCGCCAAGGUGUGCAGCGAUGAGCCUGCUGGCCCCUUCAUAUUCUCGCCCUUCUCAUCUCUCACGAACGCCGUGGCCAAACCGGCCAAUACUUUCGACUUCCAGUGGGUGGAAGGAGACGUCUGCGAGGUUGUCCUACAGUUUGACAAUAUCCUCUCACUUCCUCUGCAACUCUCCAACAUCAGGCUGCUAAGUGAAGGCGUGUGUCACUUUGAGUCGUGGAGCAGCAGCGUCGUGCUGGAGGCUGAGAGUAGCUGUAGUGUCACUGUUAGAGGACAGCCCACCACCCCUGGCCAGCUCAAAAUUACUGGUAAUAAUUUCCUUUGUGGGAGCAGAUGCUUUGUUGAGAGUGACGACAGCGCUUCAUCGAGCAGCAAAAGUUGUUUUACUGUAGAAGGAGGCGUUGGUAGCGCCAAGGUGCGAGGUCAUCUCUCUGCUGGACAGACGCAGCAGCUGAGAUUAACUAUGCACAACAUAUCGCCUCAGCCUGUGGCCGCCGUCGCUGUUACAAUCAAACCGAAAACGACAACGCAAGACAUUGCUAAGGUUUUCAAGGCGGACGAAGUUGCGCUGGAGCGUCAGCUUCCCAUACGCGGCAACUCGUCGUGCUCUCUGCUGCUGUCCCUGUACGGCCUCAGUGACCUGCUUGCCAUGUCGCUCUCCAAUGACGCUCACGACGACACUCACAGCAGCGUGGGUGCAAGUUUGGCGGCUUCCUCACUGCCGUGCUCGUCUCUGAUGUCGACGUCUCGGGGGGCGAUGCGUCUUGCGCCUCUGGGGGGUCGGCGCUCCCACUCGUCAGGGUCGAUGCUGUCGGGCAGAUCUGGUGGCAGCAGCAGCCGAUCUCAGCGGUCCAGGGAGAGCGCCUCGUCGGCAGCGAGUAGCGACUCCAAGGAGGCCUGUUCCAAAGGAAGCGUUGGCAGCAGUGAACUGGAGGGAGAGGUGGAGCUCUGGUACCGAGGUGAAGGCACCGAGCACUGGAGGACUUGUUUGAUUAACGUGCGUCUGCAGGUCACGCCCACUCUUCAGAUUUAUUUUUACCUGCUGAACAGGUCGGCCAGCGAGAUGGAGCUCACAUACACGGCGGAGGGACGCAGCAUUCUUGUGCAAGGGGGAGACUCGUGCAGAGUUCCUGUACCUGUCACCCGCUGCCCUCGUACACCAGCCUUGCAGAGCGGGGAAAGAAGUGUGAGCGAAGCCCUCGGUGAGCACGUGGCCUCUCAAGUGAAGCUUCAAUGGGUGCUGAGUCCCCAAGAACUGGAAUGCAGCGCCUCGCUGCCUCAACUGCACUUCCCUCUCAACACCCACCACCUCAUGAUGCUAGCUCCUAUUACCUGGGGCGUUGAAGUGAACGGCAUGAGCGUGAGCGUGGGGGGCGAAGUAAGUUCUCGCGUGGGUGAGGGCGUAAGCGUGUCGGUGAGCAUCACGAACAGCAGCGACGCGGAGCUGCCGGCCCUGAGGCUCUCCACCAGCACCCUGCAGGACCAUCAGAACGGCAACGCCAACUACAGGACAGACGGCAUCGUGGCUCCCGCUGGUGCCAUGACUGCACUUAUCCCUAGGCUGGGCGUUGGCCAAUCAUAUUCGACCCAAGUGAACUUGAUAUUCUUCACCGGAGGCUCGUACAAACUAGACUUGCGGUGCUGUCCUGUGGUGCUACCUGCUGUACCGUCGGUGGUCGGUGGACCGGCUAGUCUCACCACCACCAGCAUCACCCUGGGCAACACCAGCAUCACUAACGUGUCUGGUCUGCCGCAUCACCUUCACCACCAGACAUCACACUUGAGCCAUCACUCAGCAUACCAAUCUCCUGUGCCUCCUGCUGAAGUCUGGUUGUUUGCACCACCUAUUGAGCUCACUAUCUCACAUUAAAUCUUGAAUGUUUUAAAGCUAAUUUUUACUUCAAUCAUGGAUGGUACCCGGCUUAAAUAGUAAAAUUUAUUAACUAGAAAAAGUAUACAGGUUAUAACCACUUGGCCGGGUGACGCGUCAUCAUUGUCAUAGCAUGGUUGGCUAGUACAAGCAUCAAAUUGAAUAAAUAUGACAUGUUUGUAAUUAGAAAUAUUUGUAAAUA